CGCCAUGGGAGUGUGUAUAAAAGGGAGAGAGAAGGAACCUGAAAAGUGCCCCAAAAACGUGACCUCAACCUUCUUCCCUGCAGACAAGAAGAAGAACUCGGAAGAGAGAGACAGAGAGGGAGUCCGGUGCUUUUUCUAGGUUCUCUCUCCGGCGAGAGAAUUCCCUCUCUGAUGGCAUCGGAGUUGAUUUUCCGAGGCCACGACGAGGCCUCUCCCGUCGCAGACGGUUACUCCCCUAAGCUGGAGAAGCGGUGGCCGCCGAUUCUCUUCCGCCCCUUCCACUACUUCCUCCGAGAGCAGCGCCCCCUCUUCGUUCUGGUCGGCAUCGCCCUCGCCUCCCUCUUCUUCCUCCUCGGCGGACGCAACCAUGUCUCGAGCGACCUCCGCCAUCACCACCAACAACAGAAGUACUACCACCACGACCGCCAAACGCAUGCGGUUGUGGCGACGGACCACCACCGGCUGGCUUACGACACGGCGGCGUUGCGGCGAGAUCUGAGCGUGGCGUCGAUCGGCGGGAAGAUUCCUCUGGGGCUGAAGGCGAAGGGGAAGAGGAUCGUGGUGACCGGAGGGGCCGGGUUCGUGGGGAGCCAUCUGGUGGACAGAUUGAUCGAGAGAGGGGACAGCGUCAUCGUGGUGGACAAUUUCUUCACCGGAAGGAAGGAGAACGUCAUGCACCACAUGGGGAACCCGAGGUUCGAGCUCAUCCGCCAUGACGUCGUCGAGCCGAUCCUUCUGGAGGUCGACCAGAUCUACCACCUCGCCUGCCCUGCCUCCCCUGUACACUACAAAUUCAACCCCGUCAAGACCAUCAAGACGAACGUGGUGGGCACGCUCAACAUGCUCGGUCUGGCCAAGAGGGUAGGCGCCAGGUUCCUGCUGACCAGCACCAGUGAGGUCUAUGGCGAUCCGCUCCAACACCCCCAGCAGGAAUCCUACUGGGGCAAUGUCAACCCCAUCGGCGUCCGGAGUUGUUACGACGAAGGGAAGCGUACUGCGGAGACGUUGACCAUGGAUUACCACAGAGGCGCCGGCGUUGAGGUGAGAAUUGCUCGGAUCUUCAACACAUACGGCCCAAGGAUGUGCAUCGAUGAUGGCCGCGUGGUCAGCAACUUCGUCGCCCAGGCCCUGAGGAAGGAGCCAUUGACCGUUUACGGCGACGGCAAGCAGACAAGGAGCUUCCAGUACGUCUCUGAUCUGGUGGAGGGUCUUAUUAGGCUCAUGGAAGGGGAGCAUGUUGGUCCUUUCAAUCUUGGAAAUCCUGGAGAAUUUACGAUGCUCGAGCUCGCCAAGGUUGUUCAAGAUACCAUAGAUCCGAAUGCUAAGAUUGCAUUUAGGCCUAACACAGCAGACGAUCCGCACAAGAGGAAGCCAGACAUAUCGAAGGCCAAAGAAUUCCUUGGUUGGGAGCCCAAGGUUUCACUCAGGGAGGGCCUGCCACACAUGGUUUCUGAUUUCAGAAAGCGCAUCUUUGGGGACCAUUCUGAACAAGCUUCAACAGCGUAGAUACGAAAGAGUCAUCUUCCUCCUCCUUGAUCAGUGGUAGAUGGCCAUAUAGGUUUUUGAAAGGAGCCAUGAAACUGCUCCAGGGAAUAUCCUGAUUCAUUCAUGUUCAUCCUUUUUCCCCCUCAUCCUUCUUUUCACUUUUUUUUUUUUGUUGUGCUUUUACAUCUUCACGUUCUAUAUAUCAGUGCAUUUCUUGCCAAAAUUCGAGUCUUGUCACACAAAGGGAGGGAGAGAGAUGGCGAUGCUUGGUGAAUACUGAUAUUCCAAGACAGUAGGUCGCUGUGAUCUGCUGAAGCCAUAUUAAAGAUUAUGU